AAAUUUUAGAAUUGUGAAUUUAAUUCUAGUUCCCUAAAGUUUUAAUCAUAUGAUUUUGUUUGUAUUCGAUAACUCGAUUCAGUCAUUAAGUUGCCAGUAAAUAAGAUAAAAUAGUCAGGAAUGACAUAGAAAGUAGAAGAGUGGGAGAGCAAUGUUAUACGCAAAUACUAAAUAUUUUAUUGUGAUGUAAUUUUCAUAUGAUUCUAAAAAUAGUUUCUAUUAAAUAUUUUAAUACAGUAACGUGCAAUAUCAUUUUUUUAAACUCUUACGCUAUUGCUGACCAUUUUACUCCGCUUACUAAAAAAAGUUCAAGAAUUGCAAUUCUAAUAUUUAUAAAAAAUAUCAUCGUAUGACAUUAUCUUUUUUAUGCUUGAAGUAAUUGUGCAUAUAAUACACAACACGAGGAUUAAUAUUUAAGAUAUUCUAUUACAUUAAUUUUAUUACAUCAUGGAAAAAACAGGUUUAUUAGUUUUAACAAAUCCUGCGAGAAUAACACAAUUAUUACCAAUUAUCAAGAAACAUGUAUCAGAAACUUUAUAUAUUCAAUAUUUGCCGUGCAAGAAUAUUUUUAGUGAAAUAUUGCAUAUAGAUUAUACAUGGGGAAUAAAUCGUUUCGCUCAAGCAAUUUCCAAUAUUUAUAUGUAUACAUCUUCUAUAUCUGAUCAACUUGAUAUUCGUGUGUUACUUACAAGUAUAAAAGAACGUCAUAUACGAUUACAUACUAAGAAACAUGUGGAAAUAGUUAUUUUUGAUCAAAAUUGUAGCAAAAGUCAAGCUGAUAAAUUCAUCGAAAGAUAUUUAUUUUCCAGUUUUAUUACUUGUGUUAUUCCUACUGAUGAUUUGGAAUUAGAAAAAACUAAAAAAUAUCCAUUACAUUUUCAUGGAUUAUAUUUUGAUGUUAAUGAAAAAAAAAAUGAUAAAAAUGAUGUUAAUGAAAAAAAAAAUGAUAAAAAAACUUAUAAGAAUGUAGUACUUGGUGGUACAUUUGAUCGAAUACAUAAUGGUCAUAAAAUAUUUUUAAGUGAAGCUUUAUUACGUUGUACAGAAAAACUUACAAUUGGUGUAACUGAUCAAUCUAUGUUGUCUGAAAAAUUAUUAUGGGAAUUGAUAGAACCUUGCUCUUUAAGAAUGUUUAAUUUGGAAGAAUUUUUAAAAGAUAUAGAUAGUACUAUAAAAUAUGAAAUUGUAUGUAUAAAUGAUAUGUAUGGUCCAACUAAAUAUGAUUCAACAUUUGAAAUGAUAGUAGUUAGUGAAGAAACAAAAAAUGGUGCAGAUAAAAUAAAUGAAUUAAGAAUAAAAAAAAACUUAAACAAAUUAGAUAUUCAUGUUAUAAAAAUUAUAACUGAUGAGCAUCAUAAAGAACAUGAAGAAAACAAAAUCAGUUCUAGUAAUCAAAGAAUACGAUUAUUAGGAACAAAACUUUAUGCUCCUCGAAUUGAAAAUAAACCUUUGAAACCUUACAUUAUUGGUUUGACUGGUGGUAUAGCAAGUGGAAAAUCAUCAGUAGCUGAGAAAUUAAAAAAAUUAGGUGCUGCACUUGUUAAUUGUGAUAAAAUAGCACAUGAUUUAUAUUUACCUGGUAAUAAGUGUUUUGAUGAAAUUGUUAAUAAUUUUGAUUCUAAUAUUUUAAAAUCUGAUGGAUUUAUUGACAGAAAAGUACUUGGACAUAUAGUAUUUAAUGAUAAAAAACAAUUAAACAAAUUAAAUGAAAUUCUUUGGCCCAUGAUUUUAGAAGAAGCAAAAAAACAGAUAAAUGACUUUAAUACAAAAGGAUUUGAUAUAAUUGUAAUGGAAGCUGCUGUUUUAAUUCAAGCAAAGUGGCAACACGAAUGUCAUGAAAUCUGGACUUGCAUUAUUCCACAAAAAGAAGCUAUACAACGAAUAAUGGAAAGAAAUACAUUAACAGAAACUGAUGCAAAAUUAAGAGUUCAAGCUCAAUUAAAUAAUAAAGAUCAAGUUGAUGAAGCUAAUGUUGUAAUAUGCACUUUAUGGAGUCAUGAAAUUACUGAAGGACAAGUGCAAAAAGCUUGGAAUGAAACAAUGGAAUUUUUAAAUGAUCAAGAAAAAAAUUGAAUUUUAAUAUUACAAAAUUAUAGUUAAAAUUGUUAAAGUUUUAUAGAUUAUUUUAUAUUAUAUAUUAUUAUGUUAUAUUUUAUAUAUUAUUAUUUUUAUAGAUAUUUAUAGAAAUAUUGUUUAUUAUUUUAAUAAGUUGUAUACAAAUUAUAUAAUAUAUUUAUUAUAUUUGAGAAAAUUUUAA